GCGCACCGAUGCCAAAACGCGCAGGAGGAGUCAGUGCCAAAGGGUCAUUUUAGCGCACCACUGCUGAAAUGGAAGGACUGUAGGGAAUCCUAGAAUAAACAGCAGCCAUUUGACCCCCCACAGAUGAUAUAAUCAUAUCAUUAAAACUGAGAAAAGGGAAAAGGAGCCAAAUAAGAGCCAUCACCAGCGGAGUGCUCUGUACUUCAUCUGACUGUCACCACGGUGUCUGCAGAGGUGGGCAGUCCAGGAUUUUUGUUUUAGUUUUUUCUGCAGAAGGUCAUUGCCAGACGUACCUGCCUUCAUAUAUCAUCAUCAUCGGCCGCUUUUAGCCAACUGCUUCCUAAAAACUACACUUUGGCUUCCUCAAUCCAGGUGUUGCUUCUUCCCGAAGACCCUGCGGGACAUUUUGGACAAACUGGUCUUCCAUCCUUAUUGCGCUCCUGUCCGACUCCUCGCCACCCGAGUCCGAGCGCGCAUCAAAGUUGCAGCCGAAGACUGUGAAUAGUACAGGGAUUAGGAGAGGGAAAGGUUGGUUACCUGCGAGCCAGAGAAGACCGACACCACGGUCCAAGCCGACUCCAAGUGCCGUUCACCGGGCGAUGCCAGAGUAAAUGCCGGGGCAAUGUCCCGCCGCAAGCAGGUGAACCCGCAGCACUUAUCGUUGACGCACAGGGAGACAGUUCGGGAAGCCAAUCAUGAUUCAGGGGCGGGAUCUCCAUCUUCGGAGCCGUCCACUCCCAGCCCUCGGAGAGUGGGCCCUGGGGAGCAUGACAUGCUGACCUGCGGCCAGUGCCAAACCAACUUCCCUCUGGGCGAUAUCCUGGUUUUCAUCGAGCACAAGCGCCGUCUGUGCCGGGGCCCCCGAAGCGGACCGGUGUCCUUCUCCAAACCUGGGGAGAAUGGCGGACUCACGGGCAUUCCCAUCUCACCCAGGGCCAGGUCACUGGAGCUGGGCAGAGGGUCCAUUCCGGUGGAGGUGGGCAUCCAGGUGACCCCCGGCAGAGAGGAGGAUCUGGAGAGGAGCAUGACGCCGGCCAGGGGGAUCUGCCCCAAACGGGAGAGAGGAGACAAAGAUGAGCCGUCUAGCUACAUCUGCACUACCUGUAAGCAGACCUUUACCAGCGCCUGGUUCCUGCUUCAGCAUGCCCAGCACACUCACGGCAUCCGCAUCUACCUGGACCACCACCCAGUCAACUGCUCCCUCACCCCCCGCAUGGCUCUGCCUCCACCCCCGUGUGACGCCCUGCCCCGCUCCCCUCUCCCUACUUUCCUCGGUGACACCAACAACCCAUUCCACCUCCUCCGCAUGGCUGCGCCCCUGCUCAGGGAACACCCCCCUCCCCCGGGCUACAUGGAGACGCGGCUGCCCGCAACACCACCCUUUAUCAGCCCUCCCCCACCCCCUAGGACCCCUCUAGAGCGGCUGGGCCCAGAGGAGAUGGGGCUGCUGUCCCAGCACCCCAGUGCCUUUGAGAGGGUGAUGCGGAUGGCCCCCAUGGACCCUCCUUCCAUGGACUUCUCCCGUCGUCUGAGAGAACUGGCGGGCAACACGACCAAUAACGGGGGGCCCACUCCUCCUCUCUCACCCAACCGCGUGCCACCCAUGCACCGCUUGCUGAGCCCCACGCUUUUCCAGCCUGGCCCAAAGCCCCCGGCGUUCCUAACCUAUCCCCCACAGCCGCCCACUUCUCAGGGGGGACACGGUUCUUCCAGCCCUCCUGACAGCCAGGGUCAGAACCAGACCCCGGGGAAAUCCAAAUCCUGCGAGUUCUGCGGCAAGAUUUUCAAGUUCCAGAGCAACCUGAUUGUCCACAGACGCAGCCACACGGGGGAGAGGCCGUACAAGUGUCACCUCUGUGACCACGCCUGUUCCCAGGCCAGCAAGCUUAAGAGGCACAUGAAGACACACAUGCACAACAAGUCUGGCUCCAUGAGUGGCUCCCCCGAACAGGGAAAUAGAGAAGAGGGAGGAGAGGGUGAAGAAAAGAGCCGGGAGGGACAUUCAGGAGGGAUGGGCAUGGACAAUGAGGAGGAGGAGGAGGAAGAGGAGGAAGAAGAAGAGGAGGAAGAGGAAGAGGAGGAAGAGCUGAGGAAUGGAAGUCGGCCCGAUUCCAACUUGAGCGAGGACUCCCAGGAGUUCAGCCAGAAUAGGGAGAAUGGGCCGAGACAGUGUCCCGAGGAGAAACCCCUGGGCGGGGAUAGAGGAAGCGACGGCGGCAGAGUGGGGAUCAUGCACCCGUACAACCAUCUGGACAAUCACCUUAGACUUAACCCUAACAAGAGAAGCCUCGAGAGACAACCUAACGGCGACGGCGGAGAGAGAGAGAGGGGCGAAGAAAGAGAGAACGAGAGAGAGCAGAACCGAGAGCGGGACCAGCAGGUGAACCAGAGGCCCGCGAUGAACGGCAGGAUCAGCGUAUCCGAAGCGGACUCCUUCCCCGGGCUGUUCCAGCGUCGGCCCACCCCCAUCACCAGCCCAAACCCCUCCGCCAACAACAAGAGGAUCAAGAUAGAGAAGGAACAGCUGGAGCUCCCCCCAACCUUACCCCUCAUCUCCCCGGAGAACGUCUACUCCCAGCUCCUGGCUGGCUACGCCGCGUCGCGCCACUUCAUCCGAGAGCCCUUCCUGGGAUUCACAGACUCGCGCCAGUCGCCGUUCGCCACCUCCUCCGAGCACUCCUCCUCAGAGACGGGGAGCCUGCGCUUCUCCACCCCGCCCGGGGAGCUGAUGGAAGCAGGAAGCGCGUCGGGCCGCAGCGGCAGCAGCACUCCCCACCUCCUGCGGGGACCCGGGCCCGGCAGGCCCCCGAGCUCUAAGGAUAGGAGGAAUGACACGUGCGAGUACUGUGGCAAGGUGUUCAAGAACUGCAGCAACCUGACGGUGCACCGACGCAGCCACACGGGGGAACGGCCCUACAAGUGUGACCUGUGCAGCUACGCCUGCGCCCAGAGCUCCAAGCUGACGCGCCACAUGAAGACCCACGGGCAGUUUGGGAAGGAGGUGUACCGCUGCGACAUCUGCCACAUGCCCUUCAGCGUCUACAGCACGCUGGAGAAACACAUGAAGAAAUGGCAUGGCGAACAUUUGAUGGCCAGUGAGGUCAAACUGGAGGAGGCGGACAGAGGUUAAGCCAGCAGCCGUUAGUUAUACAGCCUACAUUGACCACAAGCAAACACUCACACACAAAUGCAGACAAAUGAUAGACACAGACGAAUGCAGACACACAUGCACACACAAAAUCCCUGUAACCACUUCUUCGGCUAUGGGGCUUGGCUGGAUAAUCUCUCUCUCUCUAUA